GCGGUGGCGAGGGGCGGAGGGAGUGCGGCGGCUCCCGGCUCCCGGCUCCAGGGGCCCGCGUCCCGGACAGCAGCGGGUUAAGUGCCGCCCGCGCGGAGACGGCUGAGUCCGGAGCCGCGGCUCCGAGCUCGCAUUCGGAUCCGCUAGAGCAGGAAGAUGGCGACGGACGGCGCGAGCUGCGAGCCCGACUUGUCCCGGGCCCCGGAGGACGCGGCGGGGGCCGCGGCGGAGGCGGCGAAAAAAGAGUUUGAUGUGGAUACUCUCAGUAAAUCCGAGCUGCGGAUGCUCCUCAGCGUGAUGGAAGGGGAGCUGGAGGCCAGAGACCUUGUCAUCGAGGCCCUGCGGGCUCGCAGGAAGGAGGUAUUUAUCCAGGAACGGUAUGGGAGAUUUAAUCUAAAUGACCCGUUCCUGGCACUCCAGAGAGACUAUGAAGCAGGUGCUGGUGACAAAGAGAAGAAGCCAGUUUGUACCAACCCCCUCUCCAUCCUUGAAGCAGUCAUGGCCCACUGCAAGAAAAUGCAAGAAAGGAUGUCUGCACAGCUGGCUGCUGCUGAGAGCAGACAAAAGAAGCUGGAAAUGGAGAAGCUUCAGCUACAAGCCCUUGAGCAAGAGCACAAGAAGCUGGCUGCCCGCCUUGAGGAAGAGCGUGGCAAGAACAAGCAGGUGGUCCUGAUGCUGGUCAAAGAGUGCAAGCAGCUCUCAGGCAAAGUCAUAGAGGAGGCCCAGAAGCUCGAAGACGUAAUGGCCAAACUGGAAGAGGAAAAGAAAAAGACGAAUGAAUUAGAAGAGGAACUCUCCGCUGAGAAACGAAGAAGCACAGAAAUGGAAGCUCAGAUGGAAAAACAACUCUCUGAGUUUGACACUGAGCGGGAACAGCUUCGUGCCAAGCUGAACCGGGAAGAAGCACACACCACUGACCUCAAAGAGGAGAUAGACAAGAUGAGGAAAAUGAUUGAGCAACUGAAAAAGGGAAGUGACAGCAAACCAAGCCUCUCUCUUCCACGGAAGACAAAAGAUAGGCGUUUGGUUUCCAUAUCUGUGGGAACAGAAGGAACUGUGACAAGGUCUGUUGCAUGCCAGACAGACCUAGUGACAGAAAGUGCUGACCACAUGAAAAAGUUGCCUUUAACCAUGCCUGUAAAACCUUCCACAGGGAGUCCCCUAGUUUCUGCAAAUGCAAAAGGGAGCGUGUGCACCAGUGCCACUAUGGCCAGACCGGGUAUUGACAGGCAGGCUUCCUAUGGUGACUUGAUUGGCGCUUCUGUACCCGCUUUCCCACCUCCAAGUGCAAACAAAAUUGAGGAAAAUGGACCAAGCACUGGCUCAACAUCGGAUCCAACCAGUAGCACACCCCCACUUCCCAGUAAUGCUGCCCCUCCCACUGCUCAAACACCAGGCAUAGCUCCUCAGAACUCACAAGCUCCACCUAUGCACAGUUUACAUUCACCAUGUGCCAACACCUCUUUGCAUCCAGGUCUAAACCCACGAAUCCAAGCAGCUAGGUUUAGAUUUCAGGGCAAUGCUAACGACCCAGACCAAAAUGGAAAUACUACCCAAAGUCCUCCGUCAAGAGAUGUCUCGCCUACAAGUCGUGACAACCUAGUGGCCAAACAACUAGCUCGGAAUACUGUGACCCAAGCACUGUCAAGAUUUACAAGCCCUCAAGCAGGUGCUCCCUCAAGGCCUGGAGCUCCCCCAACAGGGGAUGUUGGCACCCACCCUCCAGUUGGUCGGACCAGUUUAAAGACUCAUGGUGUAGCACGAGUUGACAGAGGAAAUCCUCCUCCUAUCCCUCCAAAAAAGCCAGGGCUCUCCCAAACUCCUUCUCCACCACACCCCCAACUCAAGGUUAUUAUAGACAGCAGCAGGGCCUCGAACACAGGGGCCAAAGUUGAUAACAAAACUGUGGCUUCGACUCCUUCCAGUUUGCCACAAGGGAACAGGGUGAUCAAUGAGGAGAACCUUCCUAAGUCAUCCUCCCCUCAGCUGCCACCAAAACCAUCCAUAGAUUUAACUGUGGCACCUGCAGGCUGUGCCGUUUCAGCCCUGGCCACGUCUCAGGUGGGUGCCUGGCCUGCUGCAACCCCCGGACUGAACCAACCUGCAUGUUCAGACAGUUCCCUUGUCAUUCCUACCACCAUUGCCUUUUGCUCUUCCAUAAACCCCGUUAGUGCCUCAUCCUGUAGACCAGGUGCCUCAGACAGCCUCCUGGUAACAGCAUCAGGCUGGUCACCCUCCCUAACCCCUUUGCUAAUGAGUGGUGGUCCUGCCCCCCUGGCUGGCAGGCCCACCCUUCUUCAGCAAGCUGCUGCCCAGGGAAAUGUCACUUUAUUAUCAAUGCUGCUUAAUGAAGAAGGACUGGACAUUAAUUACUCCUGUGAAGAUGGCCAUUCUGCCUUGUAUUCUGCUGCUAAGAAUGGACAUACAGACUGUGUGAGAUUGCUGCUGAGUGCAGAAGCCCAAGUCAAUGCUGCUGAUAAAAAUGGCUUCACACCCUUGUGUGCUGCAGCUGCUCAGGGACAUUUCGAGUGUGUAGAAUUAUUAAUUUCAUAUGAUGCUAACAUUAAUCAUGCUGCUGAUGGAGGACAGACACCUCUAUACCUGGCCUGUAAAAAUGGAAAUAAAGAAUGUAUUAAACUCUUGUUGGAAGCUGGAACCAAUCGAAGUGUAAAAACCACAGAUGGCUGGACACCAGUUCACGCAGCUGUGGACACUGGUAAUGUGGACAGCCUCAAGCUUCUUAUGUACCAUAGAAUACCAGCUCAUGGAAAUUCUUUCAAUGAGGAGGAGUCCGAGUCAAGUGUCUUUGACUUGGAUGGAGGAGAAGAGAGUCCUGAAGGCAUAUGCAAGCCUGUUGUUCCUGCAGACCUCAUUAACCACGCCAACAGAGAAGGCUGGACUGCUGCCCACAUUGCUGCUUCCAAAGGUUUUAAGAACUGCCUAGAAAUCUUGUGUAGGCACGGAGGGCUUGAGCCAGAAAGGAGAGACAAGUGCAAUCGGACUGUGCAUGAUGUUGCCACUGAUGACUGCAAGCAUUUGCUGGAGAAUCUGAAUGCUCUUAAAAUACCCUUAAGGAUUUCAGUGGGUGAGAUUGAACCAAGCAACUAUGGUUCUGAUGACUUGGAAUGUGAAAACACAAUAUGUGCUUUAAAUAUCCGCAAACAGACAUCAUGGGAUGAUUUUUCAAAAGCAGUGAGUCAAGCUCUGACAAAUCAUUUCCAGGCAAUCUCUUCUGAUGGAUGGUGGAGUCUGGAAGACGUGACUUGCAAUAACACCACUGAUUCCAACAUCGGCCUCAGUGCAAGAAGCAUACGAUCCAUCACGCUAGGAAAUGUGCCGUGGUCAGUGGGUCAGAGCUUCGCGCAGUCCCCGUGGGACUUUAUGAGGAAGAAUAAGGCAGAGCACAUCACUGUGCUUUUGUCAGGUCCUCAAGAAGGCUGCCUCAGUAGUGUGACUUAUGCCUCCAUGAUCCCUCUCCAGAUGAUGCAGAACUACCUCAGGCUGACAUCGCUGCCAUUGCCCUGUAUAGAUGGUAAUUGCCUUUCCAUCCAAGUGCAUGCUGAAACUCCAUGUUCUCAGGUUGAGCAAUAUCAUAAUGUCAUUUUCCACGGCCCAGAAGGAAGCUUGCAAGACUACAUAGUACAUCAGCUUGCACUCUGCCUGAAGCACAGACAAAUGGCUGCAGGAUUCUCCUGUGAAAUAGUGAGAGCUGAAGUAGAUGCUGGUUUUUCCAAGGAACAGCUACUAGACCUGUUCAUUAGUAGCGCUUGUCUGAUCCCAGUGAAACAAUCUCCCAGUAAGAAGAAAAUCAUCAUCAUUUUAGAAAAUUUAGAAAAAUCUUCACUGUCGGAGUUAUUGAGGGACUUUUUGGCACCUCUUGAAAAUCGCAGCACUGAAAGCCCCUGCACUUUCCAAAAAGGAAAUGGACUGUCCGAAUGUUAUUACUUUCAUGAGAACUGCUUUCUGAUGGGAACCAUCGCCAAGGCCUGUCUCCAGGGCUCCGACUUGCUGGUGCAGCAGCAUUUCCGCUGGGUGCAGCUGCGGUGGGAUGGCGAGCCCAUGCAAGGACUGCUGCAGAGGUUCUUACGAAGGAAAGUUGUGAAUAAGUUCAAAGGUCAGGCGCCCUCCCCCUGCGAUCCUGUGUGCAAGAUUGUCGACUGGGCUCUGUCCGUCUGGCGUCAGCUUAACUCCUGCCUGGCCCGCUUGGGCACACCUGAAGCACUUCUUGGACCAAAAUAUUUCCUGUCUUGUCCUGUAGUUCCUGGGCAUGCCCAAGUGACAGUGAAGUGGAUGUCUAAGCUGUGGAAUGGCGUCAUUGCACCCAGAGUUCAAGAAGCAAUAUUGUCAAGAGCCUCUGUGAAAAGACAACCUGGCUUUGGGCAGACAACUGCUAAAAGACACCCUAGCCAAGGACAGCAGGCUGUGGUCAAAGCUGCUCUCAGCAUCUUGCUAAAUAAAGCUGUACUGCAUGGCUGUCCCCUCCCCAGAGCAGAGCUAGACCAGCAUACAGCUGAUUUCAAAGGAGGAAGUUUCCCUUUAUCCAUAGUUUCCAGUUAUAACACUUGUAACAAGAAGAAAGGAGAGAGUGGUGCCUGGAGAAAGGUGAACACCAGUCCUCGCAGGAAGUCUGGCCGCUUCUCUUUACCUAACUGGAAUAAGCCAGACCUAAGCACUGAAGGUAUGAAAAAUAAGACUAUAUCACAGCUGAAUUGUAACAGGAAUGCUUCUCUGUCAAAACAAAAGUCUUUAGAGAAUGAUCUAUCACUGACGUUGAAUUUGGAUCAGAGACUCUCUCUGGGUUCAGAUGAUGAAGCAGAUCUUGUCAAGGAACUUCAGAGCAUGUGCUCCAGCAAGUCUGAGUCUGAUAUCAGCAAGAUUGCUGAUUCCAGGGAUGAUUUAAGGAUGUUUGAUAGUUCUGGAAACAACCCUGUACUUUCAGCAACUAUUAAUAAUCCGAGAAUGCCAGUGUCACAAAAGGAGGUCAGUCCUCUCAGCAGCCAUCAAACUACUGAAUGCAGCAACAGUAAAUCAAAGACUGAGUUGGGUGUUUCAAGAGUUAAAUCUUUUCUUCCUGUUCCUAGAAGUAAAGUCACCCAGUGUUCCCAGAACACCAAAAGCAGCAGCAGCAGCAGUAAUACAAGGCAAAUAGAAAUCAACAACAACUCAAAAGAAGAGAAUUGGAACUUACACAAAAAUGAACACCUAGAAAAACCUAACAAAUAGGCCUGCCUACAAUAUUCUCAUUAUUAACUUCCUCUAUUUCACACAGAAACCAAGGACAACAAGAUAUAAAUACCUUUAAAUUGAUAAAAUGUUUUCACUGUAAUAUAAAUUAUGAGUGCGGGACCACUAUUCAUUUUUUUUUGUAAAGAAUGUAUUUAUAACCAACAUUUUGUUGCUUUUUUUUUAAUUCUGUAGGAUUGAACUUCAAUACCAGGAAGUUAUGCCAACUUUUCAAGUAGUUUUAUAAUUAAUAGAAAAAUUGUAAUAGUUUUAAUCAAGAUGUUCAGGGGUAUUAAAACAGAACUGUGUACUGUAUAUCUGUAUAUAUGUAUAUAUGUAUGUAUAUUUAAGGAAGUCCAGAAAUCAUACUGCAUACAUGCUACAAAAUGUGUAUAACUUUGGCUUAGAUAACUUGUACCAUUUUAAAUGGAGAUCAUAAUUUUAUGUUCACUUGAUGGGGAAUGACUAGAAUGGGGCAAUAACAAAUCAUUUCUAAACAAACAGUUAUUUUCCAUUAAAAGCCAUAUUAAGUAUUUUGCUUGUUAAAUUCUAGUUUUAUGUUUUAAAUCUCUUAGUGGUUACAUUGCCAUUUGGUAGCAUCAUGUAUAUAUUUAUGCUUAUAAGUUUGCAUUAUGACUCCUGUAAAAUAUGAAAUUAUAAUGCAAUAAAAGUGUUAUCUUUCUUACAAAA